AUGGACCAGUUUGGGAAAUGCGUCAUUGAAAAGAUUUUUGAUGUACUCAAUGAGGAUCAAAUAACCCUCCUUUUUGAAUUGAUCACUAAGGAUCUUCCCAAAUUUCAGAUUGCCUGCAAAAAACAAUAUAGGAUGCAGAGUUAUACAAAGUAUGAUACAUCAUCUUACGACAGAAAGGCAAUGGAUUGUUUUACAUAUGCUCUGAGGGAAAUUGUUGUCCCAAUAGCCACUUCCCAUUAUGGAAGUUAUGCUAUUUUAGAUGCAAUGGCAUCUGAAUGCACUCUUGUUGCCACAAACAAAAGCGGUUGUUUUGUUCUUCAAAAAUGUCUAUCUAUUUCUACGCUAGAACUUUCUUACUUGUUGAUUUGUGCCGUUACUAAUCGUGUCACAGUGCUAGCACCACAUCAAUACGGGAACUAUGUGGUGCAGUAUGUGAUUAAGUUGAGGUUGGGUGAAGUAAAUGAAGCAAUAGUGAAUCAACUUCGAGGUUGCUAUGUUGACUUGUCUAUUAACAAGCAGGCUAGCAAUGUGGUGGAAAAUCUGUUGAUAUUCUCAACUCAGAAGAAUGUUGAUAUUAUAGUUCAAGAGAUUAUAAAUAGCCCUAGCUUUUUGUACCUUCUUCAAGACCCAUUCGGCAAUUACGUUGCUCAGACAGCCUUGGAAUGUUCUAAGGGAGCUCUGUAUGAUGCAUUGGUGAGCACAAUUUCGAAACACUAUAGAAUUCUGUGUACUGAUCAAUAUGGAAAAAGGGUGUUAGAUUUUAUGUGUGGAGGAGCCAAAAAAUUUUAUGCGCAAUUUCGAAGACAUUAG